CAAAAUAAAGUCCAGAAAUGAUAUUCCAACGGCCAAAUCCAAACCAGUGAGUUGAAACGGUUUAUAAAAGCUUACACAUAAAAGCUCCCUCAAUUCUCACAAGCUGAUCACUGAAUUUUAGACAUGGCCUUGGAGAAGAGAUCUCUGCCUCUGGUUGUUAUGCUUACCUUGUUUUUGUUGAAGGUUUCCAAUGCAGCUGUGUACAAAGUUGGAGACUCCGGUGGCUGGACCACCAUUGGCAAUAUUGAUUACAAGCAAUGGGCUGCUACCAAAACCUUUCAACUUGGUGACACUAUCCUUUUCGAGUACAAUUCUCAGUUUCACAAUGUGAUGCAAGUGACUCAUGCUAUGUACAGAGCAUGCAAUGCUUCAGCCCCUUUGGCCACUUACACUACUGGCAAUGACUCCAUCAUAAUUAAAACUAAAGGGCACCACUUCUUCUUCUGUGGCGUCCCGGGACACUGCCAAGCUGGACAAAAGGUUGACAUUAACGUGCUUCGCACCAGUGAUCAACCGGCUGCAGCUCCUUCGGCUGCAGUGUCCUCUCCUCCUUCCGUCCCUGCAGCAAAAGUUCCAGGGCCUUCUCCGAAUAAUGCUGUCUCAUUGAAAACUUUGACAUCUCUUCUUGGUAAGUUCGCCUUGACAAUGGUAGUAGUUUUGCUAUUUUUGUCUUCAGGCCUUAGUUAGCGUAGCUUGUGAGCUAUU